AUGGCGUCCGAAGGGGCCCCUAAGGGGGCCCCUACGGGGGCUCCAGCCUUCCUCCAGAAAGAUCGUGGGGGCCCCUUCAGAGGGGCCCUCAUCCUUCCCCAAAGAGACCUGGGGGCCCCCAAUGGGGGGGCCCCAACGGGGGCCCCCUUGCUUCUCCCCACGGGGGCCCCCACCUUUGCCUAUAGAGAGCUUAGGGCCCUCAGGGGGGCCCCAAUGGGGGCCCCCAUGGGGGCCCUUAGUGGGUACAGGGCCCCAGCUGUUUUGCUGAUUUUGAUUAAGGCGUUCAGUGUGCGGUGGUUUGAGGGUACUCUGACAGCUGUCUCCUUUUCGGAAGAGAGAAGAGACCUUGUGAGUAGCAUAAAAGGGGCCUGCAGCACAAAGGAGACACUUUAA